AUGAGGAGGCAUGUCUCUCGAGAAGAUGUUCCUCCAGACAUCCCAAUGCAUCGCUUCACGAAGACACGGUAUCAACGACUCGCGUCAGAAGGCUCAACUUCUGAAGCUCCAAACGAGGGAGAUUCAGAGUAUAAGGACGAUGAUGAUGUCUCAUCAAAGUUGCUUGGGAAAGGUAAAUCAUUAGCUCUGGGUGUCUCGGGAUCCGAAAAGAGAUUCUGGUUCCAAAGGUCGAAGGACUUGUAUGAUACCGAAGCAAUAGCUACUCAGCCCUCCGUAUUUGAUGAUCCGGAGACUCUAGAAGACUACAGACCCGGUGACGAUUGGGAGAACAUCCAUCGUUUCGAUCCCGAUGAAAGAUGGACGUGGGGUGAGGAGCACAAGCUGAUCAGGAAAAUUGAUUCCAGAAUUAUGGUAUUCGCUGCUGUUAUGUUUAUGGCUUUGGAGCUGGACAGGUCAAAUAUCUCCCAGGCCUUAACGGAUAACUUUCUGGAUGACUUGGGCAUGACUACAAACGAUUACAAUCUUGGAAACACAGUCUUCAAGCUGGCAUUUCUCUGUGCAGAGCUUCCCUCACAACUAUUGGCAAAGUGGAUUGGUCCUGAUAUUUGGAUUCCCACUCAAAUGGUGGUUUGGUCCCUGGUGGGUUCUGCCCAGUACUACCUCAAGGGGCGAAAUUCGUUCCUGUUCACUCGAGCGCUACUGGGUAUGCUUCAAGGGGGCUUCAUACCUGAGGUAAUCCUGUAUCUCUCGUACUUCUACAAGCACCACGAGCUUUCCUUGCGACUUGGCUUCUUUUGGACAGCGUCGGCGAUGGCAGAUGUUCUCGGUGGUUUCCUUGCUUUUGGUCUCCUGCAUCUCCGAGGAGUUGAAGGUCAAGCUGGAUGGAGAUGGCUGUUUCUAAUUGAAGGACUAAUUACCCUCGUCGUUGGAAUUCUCGCCUUCGGACUUAUGCCGUCAAGUCCGACCUCCAGCGCCGGCUGGCUACGAGGAGAGAAAGGUUGGUUCUCGGAACGCGAAGAAAAGAUUAUGGUGAACAGGAUCAUUCGCGAAGAUCCAAGCAAAAGCUCCAUGCACAAUCGAGAACCACUUACCCCGAAGCUGCUCUGGCAGAGUAUGAAAGAUUACGACCUCUGGCCUAUCUACAUACUAGGUUUGACGUUCCAGACUCCCAUGACAGCACCAUCAAACUACCUCACCCUGUCACUCCGAGGUCUUGGCUUCGAUACGUUCAACACGAAUCUGUUGGUCAUACCGAGCAAAGUGCUGCACGUGAUUACCAUGCUAGCUCUCACCUAUGCAGGCGAGGUCUUCGGCGAACUUACCUUCACUGCCUUGAUUGGCCAAAUAUGGGCCCUUCCUUUCAUAGUUUUUAUCAACAUUAUUGAUAUCAGCGAGAUCAAUAAAUGGGCAGCUUGGGGGAUCAUGACAGCUCUGCUUUGUUACCCAAAUGCGCAUCCAAUUCAAGUAGGUUGGAACUCCAGGAACUCGAACACUGUCCGCUCUCGUACUGUCUCGGCUGCCCUUUAUAACAUGUGCGUUCAAACAUCGGGAAUCAUUUCCGCCAAUAUCUAUCGAGAGGACGAUGCACCUCGCUACAAGCGUGGCAACCACGUUUUAAUCUCACUUCUCAUUCUCAACAUCUUCUUGUAUCUCGGUACGAAAGCAUAUUAUGUAAAGCGGAAUGAGUACAGAGACAAGACAUGGGCCAAGAUGACAGAAGAUGAAAGAUUAGACUAUCUAGCGACAACAACAGAUGAAGGGAGUAAGAGACUGGAUUUUAGAUUUGCUCAUUGAGUGAAACGACAUUAUAGAGGCGUUUGAGCAAAAUAGGAAGCAGCAUAUCGAAAUGCUGCCGAGGAUGGCUGCCGUCAUGCUAGGACGGUGACCGCACGGACUUUAGCGCCGUUUAUGCGGGGUACGGAGUAACUUCAUAAGAACUGCAUCCCUCAACAUCGUUUCUCUCGACAUUCCUUCACUCUCAACAAAAUCGAG